AUGGCGGACUCCAAAGCACAGACACCACGAGAUUCCGGUACCUUCGACAAGGAGAGGCCACUUGACUUUGAUGUGGAAAAGGGUGAACAAUCAGAAAGCGAUGGCGCAACGAUCCAGGCUCAUUCAGAACGGGGUGUGUCAACCCACACCGGAGAUAAGGAGAAGGCCAUUGCGGAGGAGACGGAGCAGGAUCCCAACAUCGUCGACUGGGAUGGACCUGAUGACCCGGAGAACCCCAUGAAUUGGCCCGACAAGAAGAAGUGGCUGAACGUUGCCGUCCUUUCCAUCCUUACCAUCAUUACUCCUCUUGGCUCUUCAAUGUUCGCGCCUGGCGUCAAGAAGAUUCUGGUCGAAUUCCACGAGACAUCUUCCACCACGGCCACCUUCUUGGUAUCCAUCUAUAUCCUCGGCUUCGCCUUCGGUCCCCUCCUGGUUGCCCCGCUCAGUGAGAUGUACGGCCGGGCGCCCCUGUAUAACUUUGGCAACAUCCUCUUCACCAUCUUCACCGUUGGUACCGCCCUCAGCAAGAACACGGGCAUGCUCCUCGCCUUCCGUUUCCUCAUGGGCCUCGCCGGUUCCGUGCCCAUCACCAUCGGCUCCGGUUCCAUUGCCGACUGCAUGACGCUCGAGAACCGCGGCAAGGCCAUGUCGGCCUGGGCUCUUGGCCCCCUGCUUGGCCCCUGCAUCGGCCCCAUUGCUGGUGGCUACCUCAUCCGCGCGGCCGGCUGGCGCUGGGUCUUCUGGCUCAUCACCAUCAUCGGCGGCUGCCUUAUCCCGUUCUCCUUCUUCUGCCUGCGCGAGACCUACGCGCCCGUCCUUCUCGAACGGAAGGCCGCCCGCCUCCGCAAGGAGACUGGCAACCCCAACCUGCGUUCCAAGCUAGCCAGCAAGGUGUCCGCCACCGAGACCUUCAAGAUCGCCAUCGCCCGCCCCAUGAAGCUACUCAUCUUCGAGCCCAUCAUCACCUUCAUGUCGCUCUAUGUCGCCAUCAUCUACGGCAUCCUAUACAUGAUGUUCACCACCUUCACUUUCGUCUACUCUGAGCACUACGGCUUCGACGAGGGCUCCAUUGGUCUUGCCUACCUGCCCACCGGCAUUGGCAUGUUCAUCGGCGUCAGCCUUUUUGGCUAUCUCUCCGACAAGACCGUCAGGGACCGCCAGGCCAAGGGCCUCGUCCACCGCCCCGAGGUUCGCUUGAUCCCCUGGUUCACCAUCCCCUGCGGCCUGCUUCUUGUUGCCGGCCUGUUUAUCUACGGAUGGACCGUCCAGGAGCACAUCCACUGGAUUGUGCCUAUGCUCGGUGUUCUCAUCUUUUGCGGCUCGCUCAUGGGCAUCAUGAUGUCCGUCCAGUCGUAUCUGCUCGAGGCUUUCCUGACGCAGGCCGCCAGCGUCACCGCGGCGCUUGCCGUGCUCCGCUCCCUCUUGGGCGCCCUCCUCCCGCUCGGUGCCCUCGAUAUGUACCAGAGCAAGCUCCACUUUGGCUGGGGUAACUCGCUUUUGGGCUUCAUCGCCUUGGCGUUGGCGCCUAUUCCCUUCGUUUUUUACGUGUAUGGCGAGAGGUUGAGGAAGAAGAGCGGCUUCAACAAGGCCAACUAG